CUAAAGCACUUCCCAGGUUGUACAGCAGUGAUUUGUUUACACAGCUAGUUUUCCUUAGACUGACUGCUUCAAGGCCAGGGACCGUGUCUUAUUCAUUUUUAUGUCCCCAGGGCUUAGCCAGUUCCUGGCAAACAGCUGGGACUCAACACAGUUUGCUAAGUGAAUGAAUGAAUCAAUCCACCACUCUGGGAUGCUGCACAACACAGCAGAUACCCAGCUCAGAUAUGGGUUGAAAGACCACAGGCUUCUGCCUGGAGGGCUCAGCUCUCCUUAUAAUUCCUGAGAGACCCUGGACAUGCCAGGGUGUAUUGUGGAGUGGUUGCAUCUAGAGGAGGGGGAGGAAGGCCCAAACACUAAUCCAGGCUUGGGUUGGAAAACAAGGUUGAAGUUACUCAUUAGCAGGUGAAAGGAUCAAGGGUCGAGGCAAGGGGGCUGGAAGCAGAGUGGACUGAGCAGCCAGCGGGGGAAGAGAGCAGUUAAGGCACCACUCUACGCAGAGCACCAGCUGCCUCCUGCCUGAAGAUGUUCCACCAAAUUUGGGCAGCUCUCCUCUACCUCUAUGGCAUUCUCCUUAACUCCAUCUACCAGUGUCCUGAGUACAGUCAAUUGACAACUCAGGGAGUGGAUGGGAAAGAGUUCCCAGAGCCCCACCUGGGCCGGUGGUACUUUAUCGCAGGAGCAGCUCCCACCAAGGAGGAGUUGGCGACUUUUGACCCUGUGGACAACAUUGUCUUCAACAUGGCUGCAGACUCUGCCCCCAAGCAGCUCCAGCUUCGUGCUACCAUCCGCACGAAAAAUGGGCUCUGUGUGCCCCGGAGAUGGAUUUACCACCUGACUGAGGGGAGCACAGAUCUCAGAACCGAAGGCCGCCCCGACAUGAAGACCAAGCUCUUCUCUAGCUCAUGCCCAGGUGGAAUCAUGCUGAAAGAGACGGGCCAGGGUUACCAGCGCUUCCUCCUCUACAAUCGCUUGCCACACCCUCCUGAGAACUGUGUGGAGGAAUUCCGGUCCCUGACCUCCUGCCUGGACUCCAAGGCCUUCUUACUGACUCCCAGGAAUCAAGAGGCCUGCGAGCUCUCCAGUAACUGACCUGUGGCUUCAUCUGAUGGAUAUGAUGGGAGUUGAGAUUGUGGUGAGGAGAAGCUGGAGACUCCCAGCUCCCUUUGAAGAAUGAUAAAAAUGAUUUUUCAA